AUGGUCUUCAAUCUCUCAUCGAAGGCUGCAUGCCUUUUGCUUUUGCUCGGGACAAACUGGGACCAGCAUGUUGUUCGAGGAUCUAUGGUUUCCGAUAUGUUCAGUGAUCCUGAAAUCAAUACUCAGGAAUGGGUCCUGCAGAUGAUCAACGUAGCACCUGUUUGGGAGCAAGGUAUUUUCGGUAAUGGAGUUCGAGUUCGUGUCAAUGAUUAUGGUAUCGAUGCUGGGCACGAGGAGUUUCAGGGUCGUUUUGACGCAGAUGCUUCCUGUGCACUACACGAAGCUAGCUUUAACCCAGAAAUUGAUGGUGUUGACCAACAUGGAACGAUUGUCGCUUCGAUCAUUGGUGCUGGUGGGAACAACAAUCAAUGUGGUACAGGAAUUGCACCACAGGUGACACUUUCUUCGUGUAUUGCCGCAGGAGAGAACCCUGAUAACACUGUGUACGAUAAUACUUGGAUAAGCCACAAGGUGGAUCAAAUGGAUGUCUCGCAGAACGCGUAUGGUUUCCGCCAUUGCAGAAGAGGAGGCCUCUCCUCAUCGAACGGUGAAUUUGUAAACACUGGAACGUGUCCUUUCAAGUUCCGACCCGGAAUGACCAUCAUUGGAGGAGCAGCACAGAACUACACUCAUCCGUGUGAUAUUUGCGAAUUUCCUUCGGAUUUCUUGAGCUUUGAAUGUCGCAGAGCCAUUUCUCGUCACUGUUACUACCAUUUUGAUGGCGAAGUGGAAGUCUGCUCAGAGCUUCUUUCCGGACUCACGCAGGGAGGACAGUGCACAUUCUUGGACCAAUUGGACGACAUGGAGGCGGCGUUCGACGUUGGUGCGCAACAAGGCCGAGAUGGCAAGGGUAUUGUGUACGUUUUCUCUGCAGGAAACGACUUCAUGCACGGUGGUGACACUAACUAUGCUGGACGAUACCAAUCACGAUACGUGAUUUAUGCCGGAGCCGUUGGCCCAGAUGGCAAGCAUGCCAAAUACUCCCGUGGAGGUGCAUCUCUAUUUGUAACUGCCCCAGCGGGAGAUAUCGAGACAAACUUUACCUAUUCCGUAGCCAUGGGCGAUGGUGGAUGCCAGACUGGUCUCUCUGGGACAUCUACUUCAUCUGCAGUUGUCUCUGGUGUAGUUGCAUUGAUCCUUGAAGCAAAUCCUGAUCUGACUUGGCGUGAUGUUCAAGGCGUUCUUGCCAGAACCUCCAAACCAGUUGUGCAAACGAACCUGAUUGAGAAGACCGAGACGUUUAACGGUGCCGGCUUGUACCAUUCAAACCUCCAUGGAUUCGGUAUUGUUGAUGCCGCGGCAGCGGUUUCAAGAGCACAGAACUGGGUUCCUUUCGGUCCAGAGCUACAACUUACUGCAAUCUCAGACGCUUUUGAACUGGUUAUUGGGGACGACCCAAAUAGCCCGCUUGUUACUGAAGUGGAGAUUCAAUCGACGGGAACUCCUACUAUCGUUGAGAAUGUUGUUGUAUCGAUAUGGAUGAAGCACUUAUCCAGAGGGCACCUCGAAAUCAAGUUGAUCUCUCCGGAUGGAACUGAAUCCAUUUUGGCUCCAGGCUUGAGACCAGAGAACAGCCAAGGUAACGAUAUCGAGCCAUGGGUUCUUCGAACUGUAAGAUCAUGGGGAGAGAAAGCCGAGGGAACUUGGAAGCUGUCCGUUGCCGAUCUAGUUGAAGGCGAUGUCAACCAAUGUGUUGACUAUGGUGACUGGACGAUGGAUGGUCUUGGGUUGACCUUUGAUUGUGCGUAUCUUGAGUACUUCCCUACCUUUUACGACGAAGCCUUUCAACAGUUCUUGGUGGACUUGUUUGAGGGAGGUACAGUUGCCGGUUGCUGUGCCUGCGGUGGUGGUGUGACUACCGAUGGUGCUUGCGCUGAUGAAGUCGGACUCGAGGCUCAAUGUAACAUGACAGUAGCCGAAGGCGUGUGCUACGAUGGAGGACUGGACAGUGCCUACGAAUUCUUUGAAGCCAAAAGUCCAUCGAACGGCAAAUCUGCCCGGGAAUCGUGCUGCCUUUUGGGCGGUGGUAUUGUACAUGAGGAUAUCAACGCAUUCCGUGAUGAGCUAAUCGGGUGGAAAAUCGACGUUUUUGGCCAUGAACAGGUCGAUACUCCAGCCCCAACCAAGGCCCCAGCUGCAGUGGUACCCACACUUUUCCCCACCGUGUCCACAACAGACUCUCCUGGUGGAGAAACACAAUCUCGGGAUAUUGGUUCCUCCGCACCCUCGUCGUUGUCUCUCGCAUUACUGUUCACGAUUGUGACUGCUGCUGCUUCACUUGUUCUCUAA